AUGGAGAUUUCUGAUGUUGGUAACGAAGAGCCGACAUCAGAAGUGGGAUCGAAGAGAGGUCAUGCCGUGGAUACGCAGCCAUCAAAAAGCGACCCUGCAACGCAACUAUUGUCAAGCAUGGAGUCGCUCUUAUCCCGGUUGGUCUCAAUCCCACCGCCCCAGGCAGCAGUAAGUUCUAAUGUGACACCAAAACUCAUCCCAUACGAUCCUGACGAUAAGGCCGCAGAUAUUGAAGAUUGGUGUGCACUAACCGAAGUCAUAGUAGAGAACAAAAAUCUCGAUGGUGUCGACUUACUAAUGGCACUCACUAGAGCACUCAAAGGUCGUGCCGCUACCUGUUUAACCAAAUUAAACUUGAAGAACAUAUCCUGGUGUAGUAUUAAACAAUUGUUAUUGGCUAGAUUUGCCAAACCGAAACUGAUUCAAGAUCAUUUUGAUGAGAUAUUGCGAUUUCAAAUCGAGGCUAAAGAAACUGCACCUGAGUCUGCGUUGCGCUUAUGGAGCAUGAUCGAGCAAAUUCCAAAAGCAGAAUUAUCCGAAGAGGUUAUUACUGGGUUUGUCAUAUCUGUUUUAUGCCAGAAGGAUAACUUGAUACGUAGAGAGCUAACAUCCCAUGUCGUUACUACUCGCGCUCAGCUAUUUCGAAUUCUUAAUGGCAUCUCGCUGAAACGCCGGACGGAUAAUACGGACGGGUGUCAAGACCCUGAUGUGAAGCGACCGCGGACGGCAGAUACGAGGUUUCUUGGCAAAUGUCAUCGUUGUGGCGUAAGGGGUCACAAACAGUUUGAAUGCAAAUCGCGUAAGGAAGAUCAAGUAUCGAAGCCUUCAGAUUAUUCAACUUCCACCAACAAGCAAGACAAAACCAUUACCUGCUUUUCGUGCGGAAAGACUGGACACACAUCACCAACUUGUCCAGACAAGAAGAGGCCCGGUGGGUUAGCGAACAAAGAAGUCAACCUCUGCAGCCAUGACCCCUCCAGAUCCUCGCUGGAGACAUCUUCCGGGCAGUUAGAGAUUAAGUUGAUAGACCCGCAUAAAGUAGUUCAUAGGUCACCUUAUCGUUUAGCACCGGUAGAAAAACAGAAAGACAAUACGGAUAGAAUGUGCGUCGACUACAGGAGCUUAACUCAAACACUCAUAGAACAUUAUCCAUUGCCUCGCAUAGAGGAACAGAUAGAUCAACUGACUUGCGCUAACUUUUUCUCAUCACUUGAUAUGGCUAGCGGCUUCCACCAGAUCCCUAUUCAUCCGGAUUCAAUUGAAAUGACAGCCUUUGUAACUCCUGAAGGGCAAUAUGAAUACCUCACUAUGCCCUUUGGUUUACGUAACGCUCCAUCCGUUUAUCAAAGGUGCAUCAAUAAAGCCUUGCAAAAUCUCAACGACAAGCCUCUAAUUUAUAUGGAUGACGUUCUCUGCUAUUCCCCUGAUAUUUCUCAAGGCCUGCAACGCCUAGAUGAUACCUUGUAUGCCUUGACAGAUGCUGGUUUUUCUAAACCCCAAAAAUGUAAAUUCAUGAAAGUUAAAAUCAAUUAUCUGGGUUAUUCAAUACAAGCUGGCGAAAUUAGACCAAACUCACUUAAGAUUCAAGCUUUGGCAGAUGCACCUCCUCCAAAAACAGGCACACACGUUCGUCAGUUUAUUGGACUCGCGUCUUACUUCAGAAAAUUUAUUCCCAGUUUUACAAAUGUCAUUGGACCUCUUUAUCCUUUAACUAAAUUGAAGGGACCGAUUAAAUGGACUGACAAACAUGAAGAUAUCCGUAGCAAGAUAGUUGAGAUUCUGACUUCCGAACCAGUUUUAACAAUUUUCGACCCAGAACUGCCUGUUGAAUUACAUACAGACGCCAGCGCUGAUGGCUACGGAGCAAUUCUCAUUCAAAGGAAAAACCGCUUGCCUCACGUAAUAGAAUAUUAUAGCAAACGUACAUCUGAAGUAGAAUCUCGCUAUCACUCGUAUGAAUUAGAGACUUUAGCCGUCGUACGAGCGGUAGAACAUUUUAGGCAUUACUUGUAUGGCAGGCGAUUCACUGUUUAUACAGAUUGUAAUUCGCUAAAGGCAUCAAAGUCAAAGUUGACCUCACUCCACGUGUACAUCGCUGGUGGGCAAUUUUGCAAGCGUAUGAUUUUGACAUUGUCUAUCGCGAAGGUCGCGGAAUGGAACAUGCUGAUUAUCUCUCCCGUAAUCUACAACCCGAAGAAGGUGCCUCUUCUAACAUAUCUCCUAUUAGGAAAGAAGUUAAAUUUGUAGAACUACAUCAAGGUUGGCUUUGCGUGGAACAGAAACGAGAUAGCGAAAUCCAAGACCUAAUAAACAAGCACAACAACAAUGAUAUGCCUGAUUCGGUAGCUCGCACGUAUGACGUUAGAGAUGGUAUUUUAUAUAGGAAAGUCGAACGAAAUAAAGCUACUGUGUGGUUACCUGUUGUUCCCCGAUCCCUUAUUUGGACACUAAUUAACCAUGUUCAUAACGAAAUACAACAUCUCGGUAGUGACAAAACGUUAGACAAACUUUAUGAACAAUAUUGGUUUCCCCAAAUGUCUAAAAGUGUGCGACAAUUUGUUGAUUCGUGCAUAGUUUGUAAAGCGUCUAAAGGGCCUUCGGGAGCUCAAUCAGUUCGCUUGCACUCUAUCCCUAAAGUACCAGUGCCAUGGCAUACGAUCCAUAUAGAUUUCACUGGGAAAUUGAGUGGUAAAAGCGAUCGCAAAGAAUAUUGCUCGGUUAUCAUAGAUGCGUUUAGUAAAUACGUUCUUCUCGAGCAUACGGCGUCACUCGACGCCACUAGUGCGGUGCGUG